UAGUGGAACUGAGUGAGCAGGUGAGCAUCACAUAUACAAGAGCUGGACUAACAGGACCGGACACACCUCAAGCCCAGACUACUACAGGUAAAGAAAUGAAUUUCAACCUUGCUUCCAUCGUUCUCUUGGUGGCACUGUGCUGGAUGUCUGUUGGCAUCUAUGCCCAGAGUACCACAACCACUAUGAACACGACCUCAACUACAAUGGCACCUGGAAAUACCACAAUGGCAAUGGCAGGAAACACGACCAGCACUAACAGUACCACAAUGGCACCAACAAGCAACACAACCACAACAGCAGCCUCAAACAUGACAUCAGCUACUACUGCGGCCUCAAACAUGACAUCAGCUACUACUGCGGCCUCAAACAUGACAUCAGCUACUACUGCGGCCUCAAACAUGACAUCAGCUACUACUGCGGCCUCAAACAUGACAUCAACUACCACUGCGGCCUCAAACAUGACAUCAACUACCACUGCGGCCUCAAACAUGACAACACAAAACGCUACCACAGCGGCCACAAACGCAACAGCAGGAAAUAAUACCAGUGCUCCAACUACUACUACAACCGCUGCUCCUACUACUACUACUACUGCUCCCCCAAUUGAGCCCAAUACAACAGUUACGGAACUUUCGACCAAUAUCACCAGAGACCAGUGUCAAAAGGAGAAGCUGUGUGCAGCCCAACCCGACAGCUGUGACCCUGAAGUGGCUGGCUCUUGUUACUUUGUCGGAGUGAAACAAUCAAGCGGACAAAACAUGGACUUUGAGCUGUCCGGAGAGACUGAUGGCUAUCUGGGCUGCACUCUGAAGCCAACUGCUGGUGACGAGACGGCUUACUUGUGUGUCAAAACCAAAAACAAACUGAUCUUCAUUGGCGCUAAGCUCGUGAAUGGAAAAUUCACAAAUCAAACGGUCCUUGUGAACAAAGUGAGAGCUGUCAUGAAUGGAAAAAAGAUUCAGUGCUCUUUCUCUGCCACUGUCCCCAACGCUACAGCCAGGUCUGCGGACACCACCUUUGAAGUGUCUGUGGUCACUGGAACUUAUAACGAAACCACAGGACAGCCUAGUGCCCCAACAACUCAACUUAGGACAGCUCCAGUGGACCUGACCAACCCAAAAGCUGACACCAACAACACACUGACCAACUCCACUGCUGCCCCCGCCACCACCACAGCAGGAACUGUGCCCCUGCCGUCCGUCUCCACUGCUCUUCUGAUCGUUCUGGGUGUUCUGAGUCUGGCCUGGCUGUGAAGAACCUGAAACCUCCUUCUUAAGAAAAAGGAAAGCUAAAACCAAAGCUAAUCAUAAAGUUACAUACAAAAGAAAACUGUAAAACAAACAUUAGUUAUAUUAUACAAUUUAAGAUAUGAAUCAAAUUUGAAUAUUUUUAA